AUGGAGCCGGCCUGGCGACAGCAGGGCCGGGGUCGGGGGCGGAGCCAGGAGGGCAACAGGUGGCGGCCCACGCAGAGGGAGGGGCCGGGCGGCGGCCGAGGAGGGAGGACGGCGGCUGAAGCUCCACACGGCGUCGCGCCGCAGGCCAAGUUCGAGGAGAUCAGGAAGUCCAACCAGGCCGCCGCUCAGCGAUUGGUCGAGAGCCACGUCAGCUCCUCCUCCUCCGACGAAGACGAUGAUGACGACAGGGAGCGUGAGGACGGGAAGCGAGGGCAGAUCCUGGCGUCCACCUUCACCACCUACACCGACCAGACAGGUGGGGACGCCACAGGUCUGGUCCGGACCGGCCAGUACCUCAGUGACCUGUUCCAGUCCGGAGCUCUCACCUGUCUGAUCUGCAUCGCCUCGGUCAAGAGGACGCAGCAGGUGUGGAGCUGCAGCAGCUGUUUCUCUCUCUUCCACCUGCCCUGCAUCCAGAAAUGGGCCAAAGACUCGGUGUUCCUGGUCUCCUCCGUCACCGACGAGGACUUCGGUCAGAAGCAGCAUCCAUGGCCCUGCCCAAAGUGUCGAGCAGAAUAUCCGCCCAGCGCCACGCCCAACAGGUACAUGUGCUACUGUGGGAAGCUGCAGGAUCCUCCGGCCGACCCCUGGCUGGUCCCUCACUCCUGUGGAUCGGUCUGUCAGAAGGAGCUCCGACCCACCUGUGGACACACCUGCCUGCUGCUCUGUCACCCCGGUCCCUGCCCUCCGUGUCCCAAGAUGGUGUCGGUGACGUGCAUGUGCGGGAAAGCUAAGCCCCUCCCCCGCCGCUGUAGCAACAAGGCCUGGUCGUGUCAGCAGCAGUGCGGCAAGUUGUUGCCCUGCAAACAGCACACCUGUUCAGAGCCCUGCCAUACAGAGUGUCGACCCUGUCCCAGAGUCAGCGUCCAGAGCUGCAUCUGUGGCAAAGAGGAGGCAGAGAGGCCGUGUGCCCACCCCCAGUGGAGCUGUGGACAGGUGUGUGGUUCUCCCCUGCCCUGUGGAAAUCACACCUGCGAGGUUGUUUGCCACGAUGGAGUUUGUCCUCCGUGUCCUCGGUCCAUCAGCAGAACGUGUCCCUGCGGCAAGACCAAGUCGGCUCUUCCGUGCACAGAGGAAGUGAUGCCGUGCGGCGACACCUGCGACCGCCGCCUGUCGUGUUUAAAACACACCUGCUCAAUGAGGUGUCACAGAGGAAGCUGCGAGACUUGCAGACAGGAGGUGGAGAAGGAGUGCAGGUGUGGCAAACACAGGAAGCUGAUGCCUUGCCACAAAGAAUACCUGUGUGACUCUAAAUGUCCGAAAACUAGAAGCUGCCAGAGACACCAGUGCAGGAGGAAGUGUUGCCCCGGUAACUGCCCCCCCUGUGACCAGAGCUGUGGCCGAACUCUGGGAUGUCGAAACCACAAGUGUCCUUCAGUCUGUCACCAAGGCAGCUGUUACCCGUGUCCGGAGACGGUGGAGGUCCGGUGUUCCUGCGGUUCCACGGUCCUGGUCGUCCCAUGUGGUCGAGAGCGAAGCACCAAACCCCCUCGCUGCAAAGAGCCCUGCAGAUGCCUGACAGAACCCACCACUGAUCGUCUGGUUCUGUUCUGUUCUCUGCAGCUGAGCUGUGGUCACCGCUGCAAGCAGGUGUGUCAUCCAGGUGAGUGCGAGGACAGGUGUCAGCAGAAGGUGAAGCUGCGAUGCCCCUGCAGGAGGAUCAAGAAGGAGCUGCUGUGUUGUGUGUCGGCUCAGUGUGUUGUUCAGUGUGACGACACCUGCAGAGACCAGCAGAGGAGGGUCAGCCAGCUGAAGGAGGCGGAGCAGCAAGCAGCGCAGCAGGAGGAGCAGAAGAAGCUUCAGGAGGAGCUGGAGGCCUUCGAGAAGCGGCAGCAGAGAGGGGGGCGGAGGGGCAAGAAGAGGGGCAGGAGGGGGGAGGCCGACGGCGAGCAGGGGAGCGGGGGCAGGUGGGGGCGGAGCUUAGCCCUUAUCCUCAUCCCACUGGGCGGAGCUUUGCUGUCUGCUGCCGCCUUCUACCUGCUGAACACCGCCUGAAGCCUCCACAGAAGAACUCACCUGAGACUCACCUGGGACUCACCUGAGACUCACCUGGGACUCACCUGGGACUCACCUGGGACUCACCUGGGACUCACCUGGGACUCACUCUGCCUGAACAGUUUGAUUUGACAGCAGGUUUUAGUUUCGGUUCAGCUGCUUCGACACGUGAACACCUGAGUCUGCUGAACAGUAAGCGGGUCAGAAAUAACCGGCAUCCUCGGCCACCGACGAUGACUCUGACCAUUGGUUCUUUUCUUUGUUUAUCUUUAAGGAGGAAACACUUUAAAUCCUGAACACGUUAGAACACGACGUUUUCACCAAAGUGGCUUCAGCCUUUCCUCUGCAGCCGACCAGCUGCUGGUUGAUGUUGCAGCUCAUUCAGUCAAAGUAUCCCUAAAUUCUGUCAACAGUGAAACUAGAAACAUCUGGUUCUGGUUCCACAAACCUGCAUCGGUGUGAUCUGACUCCGUCUCUUUUCACUGUGCGACACAGAACCAGAGACAGCAGCUGUCGACCCUCCACAUGUCAGUUAUGUGCAUGACAGCAGCAGUCUGGCCUCGUCCAACCACAGAAUAAUCCAAGAUACUAAAAUAUUCAUCGUCCAUGUUAAACCAAUGGGAUUGGCUGAUUUGGUUUGUCUGAAACGAGCAGUUAAACUUUCCAUAACAACUGAAAAACUGUUCAAAUGACUCAUAAACUGUCCAGAAACACUCAGAGCCGUCUUGGUUCCAUGAGGUCCUGUGGUUUGUUGUCGUCAGCGUUUUGCCUUCAUGCAGAUGUUGUGAACGCUGCUGCUGCUUCAGAUGGUUAAAACGGGACACGAGGUGGAUGAAAGGGAUCCAAGGACGCCGGCUGAACAACCACCGUCUCGUUUAUGUCAGGGUAACGUUAGAAGAACAUCCCAGUAACCAUCUCCAAACUUCACAGAGAGGACCGCUGCAGCAACAGCUGAGUCGUAGCUACGAACAUGUUAGUCGUGAUUCACUCUGAUGUCAAUGUUCUUGAUCCGUUCAUGUUGCUGUUCGUUUGUUGAAAACACAAAAGACCUUCUGACUUGUUCAAAAAAGAAAUAAAGAUGAGAUGAUUUGAUUGGUUCAUUUAUUGGAGAAGUUUAAAGACAGCAGAUGUUGUAAUAGUUUGGAUCCGUCUGGUUCUAGAAACCAGACAUGUUGACAUUUAGAUAUGUGGAUGUUUGGGGGAAUCUGGUUUUGAACAUUUUUGAAAAUAAACUCUAUAAAAGUGUC